ACACAUACAUACACACACACACUUGUUACUUGGAAGUGUGGUGUAAGGUCCAGGACCACCCUCUUUAUUUGGUAUAAAUACGAGAGCACGAAGCUUCUGUCUCAUCCACAAACUUGCAUCCUUCACAAGACGUCUUUUAAAGAAGGCAUUUUGCUCCCUGCUUCAUCAGUUCCUUGUUAAUUCCUGAGACAUCUUUGUUUUUUUUAGGCUCAAGAAGAACAGCAUGUCAUACCUGUCACCUGUUGUUGAUGUUGGCGGUCAGGAAGGAGAACCCUUCGAUUUUAAUGGCACUGGAAAUGGAAGCAUGCUGAAAAAGAUCUGGGUUUGGGAAGGUGAUUGCCAGAUAAAAGCCAUGAAGGUGUGGCUUACUGAUGGCCGGUUUGAGCAGUUUGGUGAUCCUGCUGGGAAUCUGAAAGAGUUUAACUUUGAAGAUGGAGAGCAUUUCACAUCCCUUUCACUUUGGCCAAAUCAAGAGGGUUCACGUCUGGGUGCAAUCAAAUUCAAGACAAGUCACUCCCGAGAGUUCGGGGCAACCAUGAUACAUUGGAGUCUGCAAUCAGAAGUUCCAGUUGAUGUUGCCUCUGGGAUCUGCAUGGGGAUCAAAGGACAUUCAGGUUUGGACAUUGAUCGCUUAGGCUUCAUGUUCAUGAACACCGUCAAGUCUGCUGAGCUUAUUAAUGUUGUGUAUCCCACCAUUCAUGAUGUGAUACCCAAAGUGGCUGUUGGAGAAAUCAAAUCCAUGUCCUACCAGAACAAGACUUCUGUAACUCAAGAAUACAAAAUUGAGACCUCCAAAAAAAUCAUCCAAAAAUCCUCCUGGUCUGUUAAGGGAAAAGUGGACUUUACAAUCAGCCUGGAAGUAAAUGCAGGAAUUCCAUUUCUUGCAGAGUCGAAAUCAAGAUAUGAAUUAAAAAUUGGAGUUGAAAGUACAUAUGCUUCAGAGACGAGUACAGAGAAAAUGGAGCUCUUCUCAUUUCCUGUUAAAGUUCCUGCAGGUAAAACCGUGGAUGUGCGCAUUUCACUUGGCCAGGCUACAGUUGACCUCCCAUUCACUGGCAUCAUGAAGAUUACCUGCUAUAAUGACAGUGUGCUGGAGUAUAAAACCAGUGGAACCUACAAGGGUGUCGCUUACACUGAUGGAGAAGUGGUUGUGAAUGAAUCAAACAAAAUGCUUGGUGCAGCCUAACAAGCUUUGAAUCCAAUUCUAUAAAUAUUUUAACUACAAAAUGUGUACUCAUUAUCUAAUAUGAGUACACAUUUUGUAGUUAAAAUAUUUAUUUUAUAUUUUUAUAUUUUGUAUUAUGUUUAUUAUUAAUGUAUUAUGAAGAUUGAGAGCAUUUCACCUCCCUUUCACUUUGGCCACAUCAAGAUGGACAAUGUCUCUAUGGAAUCAAAUUCAAGACAAAUCAGCUGAUUCAGCUGAACAAUAUGAAUCAAUUAGCAUUGAGAAACCAAUCUUUUUUUUUUAUUUACAUAGAGUAAUGCAUUGCAUACAUUGACCAAUUUAAUUCAGUACAUUCAUCACUUGGAAACAUAAUGCUAACAUAUAUAUAUAUAUAUAUAGGAAUUAUAUAUUGUCAUGGUCGGUACAUGUGUGUGUAAAUGUGCCAAGUUUCUCCUAAUUCAUCUAUUAUCAUCUAAUAAUAAAAAUGAAUAAAUAAAACUUCAUUUAAUAAAACAAUUGGCUGAUAAUGAUAAAUAUCAGCAGUCGUUCAUUCUUCUGGUAUUUUGUUAUCAUAACCAAAAAUCUUCUUAAACGUGUCCCUUUAGCAGAAGUAUUGAUUUCCAUUUUAACUUUUUAAUUCCUAUCAUUUUUUAUUGUAAUUUUAAAUGUUUGAUUGUCUUUUAAAGGUUAAGAGCAAGAGCAUGUCGUACCUGGCAGAAACCGAUGAAGUUGGAGGGAAUAAAGGAACAGCGUUUAGUUUUGAAGGCAGUAAAUCUGGAAACAUCUUGAGAAAGGUCUAUGUUUGGGUCAGUGACAGGAAGGUGAAAUGCAUUAAGGUGUGGCUUACUGAUGGAAAGCCAAAACAAUAUAGGCUUUAUGUUCAUCAACACCAUCAAGUCUGCAUCUGAUGUGUGUUUGUGGUGCGGUGGUGGUGUGGUGGGGGGUGUUACACUACUUCAGCAUAUUUAAAAGUAUUAAUGUAAAGUAUAAAAUAUAUUAUUUUUUAAAACUUUGUGUAAAUGUGUAACACAGUGUUCCACACCAUACUUAUGUCAAUAUCAGUGACAAAUAUUACUGCAGAAAACUUCAUUUCUCCGAGUUCUAUGUGUUUGUUUCUACAAUGUGUGUACUCGUAUUUGUAGUCAGCGGUGACGUCUACAAUAUUGCAUGUUAACGUGUAUCCUGUAUGGGGUGGGACAGGAGAUUUUUUUUUUUUUAAAUCUGUAAACCAAUGAAAACAGUAAUUUGAUUUAUUCUGCUAGUCUAAUCCAGUAGUUGGAAACCCACAUUUCUGAUUAAUAAAACAUUCUUUA